AAAUCUUCAUUGUUUUAUCAUUUCCAUUAUAGAGGUCUUUAGUAUCUUUGGUUAAGUUUGUGCGUAGGAUUUUUUGUUUUUUUAUUUUUAAAAUUUUAUUGUGGGUAUUGUGAAUGGGAUUUUUUUUACUUUAUUUUUUUCCUCUCAUUGGGUAUGUUGUUGGCAUAUAGGAAAAUCUAGUUAUUGAUUUUUGUAUCCUGAUAAAAUUGUCUAUCAGAUCCAAGAAUCUGAUGGUGUGUUGAGGGUUUUUUGUGUGUAAGACUAUACCAUCUUCAAAGAAGGGGAUAAAAGGAAGAAGACAAAGAGAGGGCAGUAGAGAAAGUAAUGUUUGCUGGCCGAAAAAGUGAACUGUCAAGGAAUUUAGUUCUCUGAGUACUUAUUACUUGGACCACCUUAAGGAGUUGUUGGUUUAGUGGAUCACCUGGCAAUAGAAAAUGAAAAGCAGUGUAGCACAUAUAAAACAUCCUUCUGGUCAUGACAGAAGGGAAACCUAUGAUAUGUACAAGAGGAGUUCCUCACCAGAAGACAGUUAUGCAGAACAAGAAAGGUCUUCCCGGGAGAGAGAUUACUUUGAUUACAGCAGGUCUGACUACAGUAGGUCAGACUAUGAGCGUUCAAGAAGAGGACAUUCUUAUGAUGGCAGCAUGGAAUCAAGCAGGGACCGAGAAAAACGUAGAGACAGAGAAAGAGAUGUGGAUCGGAAAAGGUCCCGGAAAUCCCCAUCUCCUAGAAGAAGAAGCCCACCACCUUCAGUAACCCAGAAUUCUGCUCAGGAUGAACCUACUACAAAGAAGAAAAAAGAUGAUCUAGAUCCUCUCCUUACUCGAACUGGUGGAGCAUAUAUUCCUCCUGCAAAACUUAGGAUGAUGCAAGAACAGAUUACAGACAAAAACAGCUUAGCAUACCAGAGAAUGAGCUGGGAAGCCCUAAAGAAGUCAAUCAAUGGUCUUAUCAACAAAGUCAACAUUUCCAAUAUAAGUAUUAUUAUUCAAGAGCUUCUUCAAGAAAAUAUAGUUAGAGGAAGAGGGCUACUGUCUAGAUCUGUUUUGCAAGCACAAAGUGCUUCUCCAAUCUUCACCCAUGUUUAUGCGGCAUUAGUGGCAAUUAUCAACUCAAAAUUUCCACAAAUUGGAGAAUUAAUCCUCAAGAGGCUGAUUCUUAAUUUUCGAAAAGGCUAUCGAAGAAAUGAUAAGCAACUUUGCCUUACUGCUUCAAAAUUUGUGGCACAUCUCAUUAACCAAAAUGUGGCACAUGAAGUUCUGUGCUUAGAGAUGCUCACUUUGCUCCUAGAAAGGCCCACAGAUGACAGUGUUGAAGUAGCCAUUGGUUUUCUUAAGGAAUGUGGCCUCAAAUUAACACAAGUGUCACCAAGAGGAAUCAAUGCUAUUUUUGAACGACUUCGAAACAUUCUACAUGAAUCUGAAAUUGACAAAAGAGUUCAGUAUAUGAUUGAAGUAAUGUUUGCUGUGCGAAAGGAUGGAUUCAAGGACCACCCUGUUAUUCUGGAAGGACUUGACUUAGUUGAGGAAGACGACCAAUUCACCCACAUGCUUCCUUUGGAGGAUGACUAUAAUCCAGAAGAUGUUCUUAAUGUUUUCAAGAUGGAUCCUAACUUUAUGGAGAAUGAAGAGAAGUACAAAGCUAUUAAGAAAGAAAUACUUGAUGAAGGAGACAGUGAUUCAAACACAGACCAAGAUGGUGGGAGUAGUGAAGAGGAAGAAGAAGAGGAGGAAGAAGGAGAAGAAGAUGAAGAAGGACAAAAAAUGACUAUUCACGACAAAACAGAAAUUAAUCUAGUCUCAUUUCGCCGUACAAUAUAUCUUGCUAUUCAGUCAAGUUUAGAUUUUGAAGAAUGUGCCCACAAAUUGCUGAAAAUGGAGUUUCCUGAAAGUCAAACAAAAGAACUCUGCAAUAUGAUACUUGAUUGCUGUGCUCAGCAAAGGACAUAUGAAAAAUUUUUUGGCUUAUUAGCUGGGCGAUUUUGCAUGCUAAAAAAAGAAUACAUGGAAUCCUUUGAAAGUAUAUUCAAAGAACAGUAUGACACUAUCCAUCGCUUGGAGACAAACAAAUUGAGAAAUGUUGCCAAGAUGUUUGCUCACUUAUUAUACACGGAUUCACUUCCAUGGAGUGUUCUUGAGUGUAUAAAACUGAGUGAAGAAACCACUACAUCAUCGAGUAGAAUUUUUGUCAAAAUAUUUUUCCAGGAACUGUGUGAAUAUAUGGGUCUUCCAAAACUUAAUGCAAGAUUAAAGGAUGAAACCCUACAACCUUUCUUUGAAGGAUUAUUACCCCGAGACAAUCCAAGAAACACACGGUUUGCCAUCAACUUCUUCACUUCUAUAGGGCUUGGAGGUUUAACGGAUGAAUUGCGUGAGCAUCUCAAAAACACACCCAAGGUUAUCGUGGCACAGAAACCAGAUGUUGAGCAAAAUAAAUCCUCCCUGGCCUCUUCCUCCUCAGCCUCAUCCUCUUCAGAGUCAGACUCCUCUGACUCUGAUUCUGACAGCAGUGAGAGCAGUUCAGAGUCUUCCAGUGAAGAGAGCGACUCCUCAUCCAGUGGCAGCCAGAGCUCAGCCUCAGCUAAAAAUAUAAGUAAGGGACAAGGGAAGACCAGAAGUAAAGAAGCAGAUAAACUGAUCAGGAACCAACAAGCAAAUGAUAGGAGAAAAGAAGAAAGAAUUGCAGAACAACGGCACCAGGAAACUAGGACUGAAAGAGAAAGAAGGUCAGAGAGACACAGAGAUCAGAGCUCAAGAGAUCCAAAUUGGAGAGAUCCCAUUAAUAAACACACAUCAGACAGAAGUAUUCCUUUUGAAGGAAAUAGUUACAGUAGAGCUGGGAAUGACCGAGACCAAGAAAUGCAUAUAGACUUAGAAAAUAAGCGUGGUGAUCCAAAAAAGUGGAGAGGAGAAAGGGGAAAUUCUUUUCCGGAAAAUGAGAAGCACAGAAUUCGAAGUCAUGAUAGUGAAAAUUCUAGAAGAAAAGCAAGAUCAAAGUCAAGGGAAAAGAAUAGAAAACAUUCAACAUCUAAAAGUGAUGAAGAUAGGUAUCAGAAUGGUUCUGAGAGACGGUGGGAAAAAUCUAGUAGAUAUUCUGAACAUUCCAGAGAAUCAAAGAAAAAUCAUGACCGGAGAAGAGAAAAGUCUCCAGCAAAGCAAAAAUAAUUUUACAGCAUAACAAACUUAACGUGCCUUAUAUUCCAUCAGUGGAAGUGAUUUACCUUGUGAACUUCAUAGAGAACUCUUGUACAAAGCACUGGUUUGUAUUUGUAAAGUUUGAAAAUGUUUUCAUUUCAAUGUGUUUUAUAAUUGAUGCAUCUCAAUGCCCUCUCUCUUGGUGUAAUUAUUGGGAGAAAAAUGUCUCAGCAGAAAGAUAAGUCUUGCUUAUAUUUUAUGAAUAAAAUGAUCAUCAUCAAGCCAGUGGUUUUUUUGUUGACAAUAUUUUUUUCUUUAACACUCUUUCUAAUUAUUACACUUUCCUAUGAUUAGUUGCUUUUAUAUGGAAUUGAUGACCAAACUAAAUAGACUAUUUCAGUUUAAUUAAUUUUAAUUAGUGAAAUAUUAUGAACUUUUCAGCUGGUUUUUUUCGAAAGUAGAAUGUUGAUUACAAGCUUUAUAUUAUGUAAUGGUAAGUGUAUGUUAGUCUUAAACUGGUUUAACAGGUACAUUAUUUAUAAUUAGGAUUUUCCAUUGGUUGAAGUUCUUCACUCUGACUGCUAAUUGCAUUGAAUUACAGUUGUUUUUUAUUAGAACUUUUUUUUAGUCUUGAAGUUGUAUUAGUAUGUUAAUAUAUAUGUGUGUGUGUAUAUAUAUAUACAUAUAUAUAUAUCCUUUUUAAUUGAACUAGUAGGUCAUUGGAAAAUAUUGUCAUUUUAUGAGUGAACAGCAUGAAAUAAUUCCGGUGGGAUUAUUUUUUUUUUUUAAGAAUUUUUAGGGUUUCUGUCAUUAUAACUUUGGUCAAAUCAUUUAUUACUUUGAAAUAAAAUAUAACCUCUGAGAUCUUAAA